GAUUUGCCUAUGUCUUGUGGGAAAAAGCCUUUAGUUAAAAAUUGGGACAGGCCAAAAAAGUUGAGGGUUAUUACGCAAUCGCGGUACGAAAAGAAUGAAGCCUCCGUUAAAGCGCAUUGGAAAAAUGUUAUACAUUCCUUGGAAAUGUCGUACAAAGACGAAGCGUUUUGGGAAUCGCAAAGUGAAACCGUAAGAGACCUGGUGGGGCCGGUGAUAUAUCAAAGGAUAGUUAAAAUUUUCAAACUACCUUCAAUUGAUCCAUCGUAUGAACCUCCGUCUGAAGUAUCUUCACAACAGCCGUCGGAUAUGUUUUAUCAAGAUGACAUUGUUCACCCAACUUCAGGGGUUCAAAUUCAGCCAACCUAUUCUGCCAGUGACUUCGAUGUCUCAAUGUAUGAUGAAUUGGAAGAGGAAGAAAUCGCCGAGGAACAAUCACAGUGGAGUAUGUCAAGUGGACCUUCCGCAGAUUUGAGGAAACUCUCGCGAUCAAAGUCUAUGAACAGGUCGAAGUCUGUGACGAUGAGUGCAUCAACAAAGGCAAGGAAGAUGUCAAAGUCGAUGUCAAAGGGUAUGCAGAAGUCAGGAUCGAGACUGUCUAAGGUGUUCAAGUCAGAUUUAUUAUCGAUGGAUGAAAAAACGGCAAGCUCUCGAGAUGACCUUAUUGUCCAUGCCCAAUCAAGAACAAGAAAGCCAAACCGAAGACUUCCCGUGAACAAUCCACAUUUUGAUAUGCUUUAUUGUAACAAAUCUGAAACGGACAUGAUAAAAUAUAAUUCAAAUUAUAAAAAGAAAGCAUUUGACGUAUCCGCCUCAGACGAAUUUAGCAAGAAGGCUGAAAUUGUGAAAAAGAAGAUUGCCAAGGAAUUUUAUGAUUGGUGGACUGGACUGGGAAAUGUCGAGUUCAAAAGUGAAAUUAGGAGGCCAGAGGAUAUUGAAGAUUUGUUCCAAGUCUGGUUUGAUGAGCACGCUUCAAGAAGCUUGGUUCUUGAUCCAAAGAUUCUGCCGUGUGUACUCCAGAGUAUUGCUGAUUACGUUGAUGCCCCGGAGGCGGCAUGUCCAGGAGUAUUAAAACGACAGAUUGCCUGGGACGUUCAUGCUGAGACAAGUCCUGCCCAUGUCCUGGCAUUUGGCACUUGUUUACCACAAAAGUACAAACACAUCCCACCCAGGAACAAUACAAAAGAGAUGUGGCAUCCAGUCAAGAUACCUGAGGAUCUUAAGACAAUGGCCUGUGUAUGGGAGGAAAUACAGCAUCUCACUUCAAGCAAAGCCUUCCACGAGUGGCUACAAACAAAGCCAUAUCUACCUAUGCCGCCAUUCUUCAAAGCCUUGGAAAAACCUGGUGAUAAGAAGCAGCCAUUCGUUGUUCCAUCCGACUUUGUGGUCACCGACAGAAGUUCUUCGACGUCUGCUCAAGAAUUAGCGUUACCAAUUUCCGAGUUCGAUUUAGAGCUGAAGGAAGUCUUGAGCAAACUCCUGAAUUAAUAAAUGUUUUUGUUAUAUGUGCCAUUUAA